CUGUAUGCGUAUUUCCCCAACUUCCGGUGGCCACCACUCGCCGGAAUCUGGUGCCGGCCGGUCAGCAUGCAUGAUAAGUAAUGUUCACUCUUACAUAGGGAGGAAUAGGCGGCGGAGACCGCAAAAGGGAAAUUAAGCGUGGUAUACGUAUAUGCAUGCCUUCCUCCCCAAAAAUAAGAUUACAAAAAAAAAAAAAAAAUUUGAGAUGGGCAAAGAGGAAAAGGGUAGAGACUCGAGAGUGAGAACAGAAACAGAGACUAAUGGCGGUGGAAUGGGCCGGAAUGAAGAGAGAGAGAGAGAGAGACAGACAUACUUACUCUGCCACUCACUCACAAAGACAGAGAAAGAAAGGGUGUCCGUACAAAUUGUUAUGUUACCAUUGUACUUAACAAAUUAAUUUAAGUCUAAUUUUUUUUUAAUCAUGCAGUGCAAUACUUUAAUCUAACCGUACAAAUUAAUAUAACAAUAAGAUCACCAAAUUAAGUGAGAAAAAAAAUCUCCUCUUAAUAAUGCAACUAUUCAUCAUACGUAUCAGGAAUAAAGGGUAAAUUGCAAUUUUGGUCACUGAGAUUACAAAAAACGUUCACGUUUGGUCACUAAAAAUAUUUAAUUCCAAUAAUGGUCACUAAGAUUAGUUUAAUAGUCCACGUUUGGUCACUCUCCGUUCGUCUCCGUCCAACUCCGUUAAUGGAGUCUGUUAAGUGCUGUCGUGGCAAACAGAAGUGCUUUGUCAAUCUAACAGAAAUGCGAUGUAACCCACCACGUCACUAAAAUUUGCCAUGUCAAGUUCUCCCAACUCAGCACUUAAACCGGCUUGACCUACAAACCGACUCCGGACUCGCAAUUACCAAUCCAUCUCCGUCGCAUUCCAAUCUCCCUGCCUCUUUCAAAGCCCAGUUCCACAAAAUCCCCUUCCUGGUCCCCCUCUCCAACCAACCUCCUUCUCCCACUUCCCUGCCCGGGCUGCAACUUCGUCAGAUUAUUCAUCCAUAUCAUCGGCGACGGGAUUCAUGGUCGGUGGAGCAACUUCCUACAAACAUAUUUUCAUCCUGAAGAUCGAAGAAGAAUUCGACAAAUUCCACUACCAGUUCACCCAUUUGAAGAUACAAGGGUAUGGGGACCGGAGAAACUAGGAAGAUACUCUGUGAAAUCGGCCUACUACCUAUGGAGAAGUAAAAGAGAGAACAUAGAGGGGGAGCGGUACAUCCCCAUCGACUGUAAAAGACUAUGGCAUCUGCAGAUACCCCCAAAAAUUAGGGUUUUCAUAUGGAGAUGGGGAAGCAAUAUACUACUGAUAGGUUCAAAUUUGGCAAGACGAAUUCAAGAUGCGUAUGAUGGAUGUCCAUUCUGCGGAUGACUCGAAACGCAAGAACACAUUACACGUGAUUGUGACUAGUCAGGUAGAGUGUGGCAACCUAGCUCGCUAAGCAAGAUUUUUCAUUCUGGCUAAUGGGAAAUCUAGUGAAGAGUGGAUUUGUGAAGUAAUGGAGAAUUCGACGGAUGAGGAGUUGGGAUCGUUCGUAACAGCGCUAUGGUUCCGAUGGAAAGAAAGAAAUAAUCACCUAUUUAAUAAUCCAAAAUUGGAAUUAUGGGAGAUAAUCGCAAGAUCGGAGCAAUAUAUGGAAGCAUACAUAACAACUCAGGUGAAGAACACGAACCUGGUGACUAAAAUGGAGUACAAAUGGGAGAAACCCAGAGCAGACAGCUUCAAAGUGAAUGUUGAUGCGGCGAUUUUGAAGGAAGAAGGCACAGGCUUCGGCUUGGUUGGGAGAGAUGGAGCUAUGAUCUUCAUAAUGACAGCAACACACCAGACAAGAACCGCCUGGUCGCCCGAAUUAGCAGAAGCGAAGGCGAUAUUCUGGGCACUGAAUCUGAGCAUAUUCACUGUUAUCGACCAUUGCUGAUUGAAUCGGAUUGCCUAUCGGUGAUAAGAAAGAUUCUGGAGGAGGACUAGACAGAGAUGGAAAUCGAGACUGUGUGUAGUGAGAUUAGAAAUGCUAUGGAGGAGGAAGGGGAGAUUGGGGUCCAUUUCUGGGGAAGGAAGGGAAAUGAGACAGCUCACUUGAUGGCCAGGGUGAGAUGUGGUUGAGAGGAGUCUGAGAUAUGGUUAGACCGACCCCCGGUCUGCUUGUUAAACCAACUCAGAGUUGAUUGUAAUAACCAGUCAUUGAAUUAAUGAAAUUUCAGGCCAGUU